CAGAUCUCAUCUCGUGUGUCGUCGUCGCCUCGCGCGUGCUCCACCACUGACCGAGCCACCAAACAAAUUCCUCCCCAUUUCAAAUCACCCAAACCGGAGAGAGAUUCCCCGUCCACGCCGUCGCCGAACCCUAGAGCCUCCGGCGAUCUCGCAUGGCCACCCACCCGCGAUCUCUCCACGCCCUCCUCGGCGGCGGCGCAGUCGCCGACGUGCUGCUGUGGCGGCGGAGGAACGCCUCGGCGGCGGCCGUGGUGGGCGCUACGGCGGUAUGGUUCGUCUUCGAGCGCGCGGGCUACAGCCUCCCCUCGGUCCUGUCCAACGCCCUGCUCCUCCUCGUCGCCAUCCUCUUCUUCUGGGCCAAGUCCGCGUCGCUGCUCAACAGGCCUCUUCCACCUCUUCCUAAUCUAGAGGUUUCAGAUGUGGUUGUCGAGAAAGCUGCAGAUCGGGCUCUGAUAUGGAUCAAUAGGGUGCUGGCUGUUGGCCAUGAUAUAGCCAUCAAGAGAGAUAGGAAAGUUUUUAUACAGGUGAUAUUGGUUUUGUGGGUGGUUUCAUAUGUUGGAAUGCUCUUCAACUUCCUUACACUCAUUUACAUUGGGAUGAUGCUUUCUCUGUUGGUUCCACCAUUGUAUGAGAAGUACCAGGAUCAUGUUGAUGAAAAGCUCGGUGUAGCACACAGUGUACUAUCAAGGCAUAUAGAUACCAUCAUGACCAGGGCUGGGCAAUCAGCCAAGCAGAAGAAGAACGAGUAAAAGAAAUGUUUUGCUGUCUUGUGGAACAUCUCCGGUUGUCUAGUGGAGUUGACUGUGGAGGCAUGGAGUUGUGAUCUUCAGUAUGCUGAUCUGAGGCUUUGAUGUGCGCUGUUUUCGAUCUGAGAUAUGAGAUGACUUGUGUAUUUUUCUUUUCAUACAUGAGGUUUACUGUGGGCGCAUAUCUUACUGGCAAUGAUAUUGGGAUAUUGCAACUCGUACAUACAAGAAUGCGGGCUGCUUGCGCAGUUAAUCAUACGAUCUUGCUGUCACUGAUUUCAAUUUUA